AUGCAGUUUAUUUUAUUUUCAAUGAAGGGAGUAUUUAUUGCAGUAUUACUAAUAAGUGCCAUUAAUGGGUUUAUAGAGCAGUAUAAGCCAAACUCACCAAUAAUCGUCAUAAAAGAACUUAAAAAAUCAACCGUAACACUCUCAGACGCAAAAGUCUACUUAAGAAAGGACGAGUUCAGUAAAUGGAUGGAGCCAAAGGACUUCUACAGUAUGUCACAUGAUUACAGUUCAAGUAUCUCAGAUGACUACCACAGAGACAUAAAAGUAGAAAUGGCCGUAUUUGAAUCCCCAUCAAGAGAGUGGAAAGCACUGACUAAAGUGGGUGUAGAUGUAUAUACGUCUAAGAAUACACAGCAAGGGUCAAAAGUGAAUUUCUUAUGGACAUCAGCCCAUGAGAACUAUCACAUGUUCUUAUUUAGGGUGUUCAUAGACCCAAACCCGAAUGUAGAGGUGGGGAUAGAAGUGGUCAUAUAUGAGGGCAGACCAGAGGAUCCCAGUAUAUAUUCGCAUACUGAUUCUCAGAUAAGGAAUAAAGAGAAGAGGAUCGCUGAGUGUAUAAAUGUAUCUAAGGACAUAUUAGACCUACAGGAACUGGACCGGAUUGAUGAGCAGUCGUAUAAGCAAUUAACCAACGGGAUAUUUAAGAUAAUAUUACUUGCUGUAUUUUUAAAGAUAGGAGUAUUUAUUAGUUCAUUCCUUGUUAUUAACAGAAAAAUACAAAAUUUUUAUGUUGAUAAAAAAAUAAUUGUGAAAAAUUAA